AUGGUCAACAGAUUCAAGGUUGGAAAAAGCAAAAAGGCCUCCAAGGCUCAGAAAACCAAGGUGCCGCCCAAGGCGCUUCCCGUCACUCUCCUCUCCGGCUUCCUUGUCAUUGCUCUGCAGAAUGGCUGCAUCUGCUGCACUCUCCGCGGCGACCUGCUCGAGGAGCUCGUCCGCCUCGCUCAGCUACAGAGCUUUGACUACAUCAUUAUUGAGAGCAGCGGCAUCAGCGAACCGGAGCAGGUUGCCGAGACUUUUGACAACAGGUUGGCCGAGCAGAUGAGCCAGCUUGUAGACGAGGGCGGCGAGGGCCUCGACGCGGACAUGAUGAAGGUGCUCGAGCAGCUUAAGGAAGCUGGUGGCUUGGAAAAGUUCGCCAAGCUGGACACCACCGUCACGGUCAUUGACACGUUUACCAUGCUGCACGACUUUGACACGGCCGACCUCAUCUCUGCUCGCCGUGACGACGUCACCCCCGAAGAUGAGCGAACCGUCUCGGACCUCAUGGUCGACCAGAUCGAGUUCGCUGACAUUAUCAUACUUAAUAAAAUCGACAUGGUCUCCAAGGAAACACGGGCCCGCAUCGUGGACCUUGUCAAGAAGCUCAACCACCGUGCCAAGAUUCUGGAAUCCAGCUACGGCAAGGUCGACGUCAAGCAGCUCGUCAACACAGGCCUGUUCAAGAUGGACGUCGCCCAGGCGGGCUACGGCUGGCUGCAGGACCUCCACGCCAUGACCGUCCGCGAGGUCAACGGCAAGAACGUCGUCACACCCAAGCCCGAGACGGAAGAGUACAACGUCCAGAGCUUCAUCUACUCACGUCAGCGACCCUUUCACCCGCGUCGUCUGUUCGCUCUUCUCUACGACAAGUUCAUUCUGCAGCUAGAGCAGCCCGAGGAUGAUGAGGAUGAAGACGAGGACGACGAGGAUGACGAGGAUGAGGAUGAGGACGAGGAUGAUGAGAUGGAGGACGUUGAGCAAAACGACGACGCACAGAGUAUCGGCUCUUCCAACGGCUCUGCCCAGGAAGGCUCAGCCUACUCCUCAGGCAGCUCCCACUCGACCGCCCGCACCGUUCCCUCCCCGCGCCCCUCGGAGAAGCAAAAGCCCGUCCUCCUUGCCAGCCAGCAAAAGGCCGCCGCCGCCGCCGCCGCCGCCGCCGCUUCCGAGGACGACGAGGACGACGCCAUGGCCGUCGACCCGCUCGACAUGCCGCCCAACGAGGAGAUCCUCGCCAACAAGCGUGCGCACCCGACCUUCUCGCGGCUCUUCCGCUCCAAGGGCGAGUUCCUGCUCGCCACGCGGCCGCACCGCGCCGGCGAGUGGUCGCAGGCCGGCGCCAUGCUGACCAUGACCGGCGGCCGCCCCUGGUUCUGCACGCUGCCGCCCUCCGAGUACACGACCGGCGAGCCCGAGGUGGACGCGCUGGUGCAGCACGACAUCGCCAAGGGCGGCGAGUGGGGGGACCGCCGCCAGGAGCUCGUCUUCAUCGGCGAGGGGCUCGACCACGCGGGCGUGCAGGCGCUGCUGGACGAGUGCCUGCUGACGGACGAGGAGUUUGCGGACUGGGAGGGGGUGAUGCGGGAUCCGGCGCACGGGGAUGACUUGGAUAAGUUGAAGGAGGCGCUGCAGGAGUUGUUUGAUGAUGGCUUCCCGGACUGGGCGGGGGAGCCGGGCGAGGAUGACGAUGAUGAGCACGACCACGCGGGGCACAGCCACGGCCAUGGCUUGGGCAAGGGUGGUGUGAGGUCGUUUAAGCAAGCCCUUGAGGAGGUUUCUUGA